UGAAGUAUCCAAGCCCAAUCUCCAACCACUUGUUCUCUCUUCUCGGUUCUCCAAGCCAUUGGAAUGGCUCUCCAUUGCCCGUCCUUUCGCCUCGUCGGCGGCGUCGCCUUAUGCCUCCGCAAGCCCCGCCUCCAACUCUACCGCCGUACUGCCGUCUCUGCCUCCACCAUAUUCUCGGCCACCAAAGCUCGUUUCGUUGCUCGCCGCUCCGAAUCCUCUGAAGUGCAGCAACUCCAGCGGCCCCUUGCGGACUACAUGGCACUGCCCGCGAGCCAGUACUCUGUGCUUGACGCGCAGCGAAUCGAGCGAGUUGAUGAAAACACCUUCAGGUGCUACGUCUACCGUAUUAAAUUCUUCACUUUCGAGGUCUGUCCCGUCCUCGUCGUCCGAGUCGAGGAGGAGCCCUAUGGAUGCUGCAUUCGGCUGUUGUCCUGUAAGCUUGAAGGGUCGCCACUUGUCGAAGCGCAGAAUGAUAAAUUCUCUGCUUCUAUGGUGAAUAAAAUUUCUUAUGAUACAACUUUACGUGACUCACAGAUGCAGCAGCUUACCACUGACACCAUUAUUGAGGUAACUGUAGAAAUACCUUUCCUCUUCCGCGGCAUUCCAACAAAUGCAAUUGAGUCGACAGGUACACAGGUUCUAGAACAGCUAUUAGGAAUAAUGCUUCCACGAUUUCUAAACCAGCUUGUGAAGGACUACCAAGCGUGGGCAUCAGGUGACAAUUCACGAAAAGCUGUUGGGACCGGUGAAAUCUGAAGAAGGCUCUGAAAAGGGGCAAAUUAUUUGGUGCGGUCAUCUGACAGAGAUAUACAUUUGAAUUUCUCUCUGUCUACAGUAAAAGUGCAGUCAAAACGCAGCUGCUACAGUAACUGCGUUUUGACUGUGCUUUUACUGUAGACAGAAAGAAAUCCGAAUAUAUCUCUCUCUCAGGUGACCGGAUGUAAUAAUUCGCCCUGAAAAGGGUCAAUAAAACCUGAAGUCCAUUAGAAAUAUUUUCUUUUACUUUCUGUUAUGGCUUUCCAUUGUGAUCUGUUGUUGGUGAUCGUUAGCUCAUGAAUUCAUUCCAGAUCAUCUGUUCAUGCGUAAUAAUACAAAAUGUACACUGAAUUUUUCAAGCUUGUAUUUUUUUUUUCUUAAAUGUUUGAGAAAAUAAUAUGAGGGGACUGCAUAUUUAU